CCGGUCUUGACAGUUGACCGUGGUGUUUUGUGGUGUGAGUUGCGCUACAUUAGAGAAGCACCGCAACUUUUGGCGCCAACGAGGCAAGAAGCGUUGUACACGCGCGAUUCAAGAAAAUUCACGAAAAGAAAUAACAAAAUGCCGCCAAGAAAAACAGCGAAGCGACCCGCGGAGGAACCCACAAAGGCGAAUAAGGCACCGAAGCAGAUUAAAAAAAAACCAGAAUUAACGGUGAAACCUAACUUGCGAUCACUUUCAACCGGUGGCGUUAUGCUUGUGUUUGGACAAGGAGAUUUCGGACAACUCGGUCUCGGAGAAGACGUUACUGAAAAAAUGCGACCUGCAGCUAUAUCCGAAUAUCAAGAUGUUAUAGCCAUAUCAGCUGGCGCUAUGCACAAUAUAUGUUUGAGACAGACAGGAGAAGUAUUGACAUUUGGUUGUAAUGAUGAGGGAGCACUCGGUCGUGACACUACCAAGGAAGGUUCAGAAACAGUACCAGACAGAGUCGAAUUACCUGGUAAAGCUAUUCAGGUGACUGCGGGAGAUUCCCAUAGCGCCGCGUUGUUGGAAGAUGGAAGAGUCUUUGCAUGGGGUACAUUUAGAGAUACACACGGUUCUAUGGGACUUACGUUAAAAGGAAACGAGCGAUUUCCUGUAGAAAUUUUACCCGAUGUAAAAGUAGUCAAAAUAGCAUCAGGUAGCGAUCAUUUAGUAUUACUUAGCGAACAUGGACAUGUAUACACCUGCGGACGCGGUGAACAAGGACAACUGGGACGAUUACCCGCAAGAACAGCCAGUAGAAACACACGGCAAGGCAUAGGUCCAUUACUGACUCCAGGCGUAGUUGAAUUUAAAAUUAGUAAAAAGCUUCAUUUUGAUAACAUAUGGGCGGGAAAUUUUUGCACAUUCGCCAAAGAGCAUCAAAAAGGAGACGUGUAUGUGUUUGGUCUGAAUAAUUUCAGUCAAAUUGGUUUAAAAAUUAAAGACACACAUUUUCACCCACAAAUGUCGAAAACCUUUAGCGGCAGAGUAUGGCGACAUAUAAGCAGCGGAGAACAUCACACUAUAGCACUGGACGACGAAGGACAAGUUUUUGUGUUGGGUCGCAAAGAAUACGGUCGCCUCGGACUCGGACCCUAUUGCUCAGACGCGGAGGAACUCACAAAAGUUCCGUCUCUAAGUUCCAUCAAGUGUGUCGAUGUAGGAGCGGGUAGUAGAGAAUCUUUUGCAGUUACAGAAUCAGGUGAACUAUGUUCUUGGGGUAUGGGAACUAAUGGAAAUCUUGGAACAGGAGAUACGGAAGACGUCGAGGAGCCGGUAUUAGUUAAAGGAAAACAGUUGGAAGGUAAAACAGUGGUACGAGUUAGCGGUGGUGGUCAGCACACCUUGGCUCUGGCAACGACUCGUCCGGUGAAAGAUAAAACUGCUGGUUAAUAUGAAAAUGUUACGUUUUUCGAGACUAUUGUGUGUGUGUGAUACAAAGUCGGACAAAAGAAGAUUAUUAUUACAACUUUUUUUUGUUUAUCAUUGCCAGAAAACAGUACUCGGGUAUGCGCUAAAAGACCCUGUUUAUCAAGAUCUUCAUUUUGUUGAAAAGCCCAUAUUUAUUAAAUUUGUGUAUUAAAUUUAAUACCAUUCUUA